ACCUCUCCCUGAAGGAGCUCGUCGACAAGUCCAGCAAGGCGACGGCUCAAGGGGAGGACCGCUCGGAUUCCGAGAAGAAGAUCGAUCUCCUCAAAUUCGUCGUCAAGACGCAGCAGCGGAUGCUCAGGCUUCACGUGCUCGCCAAAUGGUGCCAGCAGGUUCCAUUAGUCCACUAUUGUCAACAACUUGCUUCAACUCUGUCCAGCCAUGAUACAUGUUUCACUCAAACUGCGGAUUCUCUAUUCUUCAUGCAUGAGGGACUGCAGCAAGCUCGUGCUCCAAUAUUUGAUGUACCAUCUGCAAUUGAAGUCCUCCUAACUAGAGGGUAUAGCCGGUUGCCAAAAUGUAUAGAAAAUCUUGGAAUUCAAGCUACACUUCCAGAGGAUCAGCUUAAACCUGCCUUGAGAAAGCUGAAUACACUCGUGAGAUCCAAGCUUCUCGAAGUUUCCCUUCCAAAAGAAAUUUCUCAAGUGACAGUUUCCGAUGGUACUGCCAUCCUUCGUGUUGAUGGAGAGUUUGAAGUUUAUCUUACUUUGGGGUAUCGUGGACAUCUCAAUUUGUGGAGGAUUCUGCAUCUGAAGUUGCUUGUAGGUGAGAAUAAUGGGUUAGUUAAGCUCGAAGAAACACGAAGAUAUGCUCUUGGAGAUGAUCUGGAGCGCAGGAUGGCCGUUGCGGAGAAUCCCUUUAUGAUUUUGUACACGGUUCUUCAUGAACUCUGUAUUGCCCUUGUUAUGGACACUGUACUUAGGCAAGUUCAGAUACUGCGCCAAGGCAGGUGGAAAGAUGCUGUACGUUUUGAGCUCAUUGCUGAUGGUAAUGUGGGACAAGGUGGAAAUGCUACUUCUGUGCAGAUGGCCCAAGAUAUGGAGCUUGAUUCUACUGGCCAAAGGAUUCCUGGUCUGAAAAUUUUCUAUUGGUUAGAUUUCGAAAAGGGCCUAUCUGGACCUGCCUCUUCUUCACCCCCAUUUAUCAAAAUCGAGCGAGGACCAGAUUUGAAAAUAAAAUGUCUACACAGUUCAUUUGUCUUUGAUCCACUUACUGACAAAGAGGCUGAACUUUCACUUGACCAAAGCUGUAUUGAUGUUGAAGAACUUUUGCUGAGAGCUAUUGCUUGUCAUAGACAUACUCGUCUGCUUGAAAUCCAGAGGGAGUUGAGUAGGAAUGUUCAAGUCUGUCAAGCUUCAGGUGAUGUUAUUCUUAAGCGCGAGGGAGAUGAAAUUGAUACAGACUCAAGAAAGACAUCUGAAGUAUCAAAUUUGACCUUUAUCCAGCUGCAGAUGGAUGUCAGGCUUGCUGCUGAUAAAUGCUUUGGGGAUGAAGUACUGCAUGUUCGUGCCUAUGGCAUAUCAUAUGUCACUCUUGGAAUAAACAUCAGGAAUGGCCAUUUCUUACUGCAAUCCACACAAAAUAUCCUUGCACCGUCUGUAUUGUUAGAAUGUGAAGAAGCUUUAAAUGUGGGAAACAUGACUGCAACAGAAGUUUUUAUAAGUAUGAGAAGAAAAAGUAUCUUGCAUUUGUUUGCAUCAACUGGAAGGUCUUUGGGACUUGAGGUUUAUGAACAAUGUUUGACUACUCUGAGGAUCCCCAAGUCAAUGUUGCAUGGUUCAGAUUUAUUAUUGAUGGGGUUUCCACAGUGCGGAAGUUCUUAUUAUUUGCUAUUGCAACUUGAUAAGGAUUUUAAGCCACUUUUUUAUCUUUUAGAGAGUCGACCUGAGCAACGUGGAAAGUCGCAUAUAAUUAGUGAAGCCAAUUAUGUUUUCCGUCUUAACAAAGUCGACAUUAAUCAGAUGCAUGUGGUUGGGGAUGAAUCAAAUCUGGCCAUUCUUGAUUGGAAAAAGAUACAAUCUGUACCAGUAGGAGCGUCAAGUACCAUUGCUGAACACUCUCUUCUUUCUGACUUCGGGAUGGAUUCUUCCCCUCAGCUUUCCGGAUGCUCACAGUCAAAAUUUUCAUCUGUUGUUGAUGAAGUAUUUGAAUUCGAGAAAGUUAAAUCAGGACCUUCUCUUGUUUCCUCACUAUUUAAUGCGCCCUCCUUUUCACAGUUGAGCACUCUUUCAGCCAAUCAGCAAGGGAUGAGAGCUGGAAUCACACCCAAGCUGGAUGUAGGGAUGCAACAUCCUCAGAUUAGUAAUGCUACAAAGGCGUCUACUGCAAGUUUAAAUAGUUCAUUAUAUGGUGCAAACAAUUUAAAUGGUGUACUUAAUGCCAACAGUCUUCCUUCUUCAAGUCCUGGAAGGAGCUCAUCUAUUCAGAAACUCUCACAUUCAAAAUCUGAUCAAGAGUUAAGCACUGUUAGAUCUCCACAUCGGGUUGAAGUUAGCCAGUAUGCUGCUAAUGAUGUGGAUCAAUCACGAUCAGCAAACGAUUCUCCCAAAGAUAUAGAUUCUCUGAUAAGUGCAAAUCGACCAACACAAUCAUUGUCUCCCCUCCGAGCAAGUGGCUCUCUGAUGCAUAAUGUGAAACCAAAUAGCUCAAAGAGUCUGUCUGCUCGUGAUGCCUCUGGAUUUUCUAAAGGCCAGACAAGUGAACUCCAAAGUUCCCACAGUUCAGGUUCUAAAUCUGUUGCUACACAUGCCAAAGCUUCACGCAAGCGGUCACUCUCUGACAUCCGAAUGCUGAUUCCGUCGCUGCAAGGCCUAGAAGCUGAUGCCAAAUUAACCAAGAGAAGGAAAAUUGAAGAACCAGCACUGCACCAUAGUACUGCUCCCCAAGCACCUUUGUUGUUAUUGACAGGAAAAACUGCAGGAUAUGUGUAUGGAAGCCUACUUGCUGAUGCAAAUCAUGGGCUUGCCCCUUCAAAUAUAUAUGUAUCUGUCCUUCUCCAUGUUAUUAAGCAUUGUUCAUUAUGCAUUAAGCAUGCGCGAUUAACUAGCCAGAUGGAUGCUCUAGAGAUUCCAUAUGUUGAAGAAAUUGGUCAACGGGCUCCCUCCUCAAACUUAUGGUUUCGAUUGCCAUUUGCUAGAGAUGACUCUUGGAAGCACAUUUGUUUGCAGCUUGGGAAACCUGGAAGCAUGUAUUGGGAUGUCAAAAUCAGUGAUCCACAUUUUCAGGAACUGUGGGAACUUUAUAAAGGAAGUGCCACUACCCCAUGGGGUGGUGGUGUUCGUAUUGCUAAUACAUCAGAUAGUGAUUCGCACAUCCACUAUGACCCUGAAGGUGUUGUCUUGAGUUAUAAAACAGUAGAAGUUGAUAGUAUUCAGAGGUUGGUAUCAGAUUUGCAGAGGCUCUAUAAUGCUCGUUUAUUUGCUUGUGGCAUGCGUACGUUAAUUGGACUCAGAGGUGAUGAUAAGCAAGAUGAUAGUGUCACAAAGUCUGAGAAUAAAUUACAGUUUUUGUCUAAAGGAAAUAGUGAGGCUGGUCAUAAGUUAUCUGAACAGAUGAGGAAAACGUUCAAGAUUGAAGCGGUUGGUCUUAUGAGCUUGUGGUUUAGUUAUGGUUACAUGCCUGUGAUGGCACAUUUUGUUGUUGAAUGGGAAGCUGGUAAGAAUGGAUGCACAAUGCAUGUGUCUCCUGACCACCUCUGGCCUCAUACCAAGUUUUUAGAGGAUUUCAUUAACGGUGGCGAGGUUGCAUCCUUCUUGGACUGCAUCAGGCUAACUGCAGGUCCUUUGCUUGCUCUUGCUGCUGCAAUACCCCCUGCUCGGAUGUCUGGUCCUGUUUCUGCUAGCACUACAUCCAUUCCUAAGCAGAGCAAUUUGAUCCCAUCACAAGGACUACUACCAAGUGCUCCUUCAACAUCUGCUAUCGGAUCUGUAUCUUCUGCACCUGUAGGAAAUGCUGUUGCCUCCUCACUUGGCAGUCAGAGUCUUCAUCAUGCUGCAACCUUAUCUGCUGCCAUCAGAGGUGGUUCAGGCACUGUUCCAAGCUCAUUAUUACCUAUCGACGUCUCUAUAGUUCUACGAGGUCCAUAUUGGAUAAGGAUUAUAUACCGUAAGAAAUUUGCUGUAGACAUGCGUUGUUUUGCUGGAGAUCAAGUAUGGUUGCAGCCAGCAACACCUCCCAAAGGGGGGCCUGCAGCUGGUGGAUCACUGCCAUGCCCACAGUUCAGACCUUUUAUCAUGGAGCAUGUUGCUCAGGGUCUUAAUGCUCUGGAACCCAAUGUAGCUGGUGGCUCACAUGUAGGUGGGCAUUUCAACUCAGGCAGUGCCAGCCAAGGUCCAGGAACUCAACCAAUGGCACCUAACAGCAUCCGCCCAAAUGUGGGACCAGGUAGUGGAAUGCCUAGGCCAAAUUCAAUAACUGGAAGCCAGGUUACUGGCAACCUAAGCCGAAUUAGCAAUGCUAUCUUGCCAUCAUCUGGUAUGCCUUCAGGGGUCUCUGGAGUACCUGUACGUGCCGGUACAGGUGUCCCUGUACAUGUUAGAGGGGAACUAAAUACUGCCUUCAUCGGGCUGGGAGAUGAUGGUGGUUAUGGAGGUGGAUGGGUUCCCCUUGCUGCCCUUAAAAAAGUUUUACGAGGAAUUCUUAAAUAUCUUGGAGUUUUAUGGCUCUUUGCACAGCUGCCGGACCUGUUGAAGGAGAUACUGGGUUCAAUCCUAAAAGAGAGUGAAGGUGCACUUUUGAAUUUGGACCAGGAGCAGCCAGCUUUGCGUUUCUUUGUGGGGAGCUAUGUAUUUGCUGUAAGCGUUCACAGAGUCCAGCUCCUUCUGCAAGUCCUGAGUGUGAAGCGUUUCCAUCCUCAGCAACAGCAAGGCCAAACCAGCGCUCAUGAAGAACUAACUUCAUCCGAGAUCAGCGAGAUUUCCGACUACUUUAGCCGGCGAGUAGCUUCAGAGCCAUACGAUGCCUCCAGAGUCGCAUCUUUCAUCACCCUUCUCACUCUCCCCAUCUCAAUCCUCAGAGAAUUCCUGAAACUAAUUUCUUGGAAGAAAUCAUUAUCUCAGGCACAUAAUGGAGAUGUAACCUCAGCCCAAAGAGCUCGAAUCGAGUUGUGCCUUGAGAAUCAUUCAGGAGACGACAACUCGGAAGUCUCAUCUGCAUCGAGGAGUAAUAUCCAUUAUGACCGAGCUCAUAAUUCAUUGGAUUUUGCCUUAACUUUUGUCCUUGACCACGCUCAUAUACCUCACAUAAAUGCUGCUGGGGGAGCUGCUUGGUUACCUUAUUGUGUUUCUGUGAGGCUUAAAUACUCAUUUGGGGAUAGUACAAACAUUUCUUUUCUGGAAAUGAGUGGGAGUCAUGGAGGUAGAGCUUGCUGGUCACGGGUUGAGGACUGGGAGAAAUGCAAGCAGAGGCUUAUUAGAGUAGUGGAAUUUGCAAAUGGGAAUUCUGCCGGAGAUGUUAAUCAAGGUAGGCUGAGACUAGUUGCAGACGCCCUGCAGAAAACUUUGCAACUUUUACUACAGCAGCUGAGAGAUGGUUCCCUUUCUUCUGCCUCCAUUGGAACUUGAACUAUGAUUUUUCACCGGUAAAGGCAUGCGAGAACAUCUUGGCACUUGGUGCAUCGAGGGAUAUGCGGUGAAAAGUUGCUCAUACUUCAAUUAUCAGUAUGGUGAUAUUUGAAUAUGACUUGGAAAUACCAUUCUGCAUACUUGGUUUGUAGAUUGUGGGAUGCUUUGUUGUUCGGUUUGAUGGCAUAUUUGAUGUAUAGAAACAGGGAUAUCAAGUUCAUGGUCUCUCUGCAGGGUGUUGAGAUCUCUUUGUACAGUUAUGUAACCUAUAGGAGGAUCAGCUAGAAGUCUACUCUGCACAUGGUGGUAAUGAGGUAAAUCCUCCGAUAACUCACCUGGAAAUGGAAGAUAGCUGAAGUUGUUGCACUGAGAAUUGCCCUUUGAGAAAGAUGCAGACUCGUGUCCAUUUCCGAGGAAUGAUGGAACUUCUACGGGCUUUUGUUGGUGCUGAUUGCCACUGUGAUUCAUCCGUAGCAGAUUUAUCACUGUUGUCUUUUCCUCUUGACGAACAAAAUUUUAUGAAAAUAAUGAAGACAAAUUUGGAGGGCAGCGACUAUGAAGAAGACUUCAUGAAGCACUGUGGUGGGAAGUUUGGUUCUCAGCAGCCCAAACGUUUCCAAUUUCUAUUUUUCUUGUAUAAUAGUUUGGGAUUCUUUACAGAAUUGGUAGAAAAACGACUUAUCUUGUGACAAGGACAACAUUAGUUAAGAAACUGAAUUUAAGAGUACCAGUCAUUUUAUUUCUUUAGAAUUUUGUUCCCCGUCUUUGCAGGUAAUGUGUAACAUUUACGGCAUAAAGAAUUGCAUAAAUUGUCUGUACAUCACAAUGCAAUUUUGGGUUGAGAUUA